AUGGGCUCACGAGAAGAGACGCCGAAUGGCGCAAAAGCUGCCGAUGCCGUUGCCAAUCUUGGCUUUGCACCGGCCGUGAAGCUGUCCGGGGAGUGGUCUGUCAAGCGAGUGUUGGAGGAGAUCCCCGACCAGGCGCCUGUCGAGGGGUCAAGCUCCCCGAUUCCCUUUUUUCACAUGCUCUCUCGACUCAAGACGACGAAGCGCGAGGGGUGGCGGCGGUUUGGCAUCGAGAGGGGCGAGUCGAUUUCAGAUCACAUGUACCGCAUGUCCCUCAUCACCAUGUUUGCGCCGCCUGCGCUGGCCAAGAGGCUGGAUCUCCCCAAGUGCAUGCGGAUGGCGCUGAUCCACGACAUGGCCGAGCUCCUGGUGGGCGACAUUACACCCGUUGACGGCGUCCCCAAGACGGAGAAGAACCGGCGCGAGGCGGAGACGAUGGACUUUUUGACCAAGAACCUGCUGCGCGGCGUUGCAGGAGGCGACGUCGGGGCCGAGAUCAGGGCGAUAUGGCAGGAGUACGAGGACUCGAAGACGCUCGACAGCCACUUCGUGCACGACGUGGAUAAGAUUGAGCUGAUGCUGCAGAUGGUCGAGUACGAGAAGCAGGGCAAGGGACAGGUGGACCUGGGCGAGUUUGCGUACGUCGCCCGAAAGGUGACACUGCCCGAGAUGAAGGAGUGGGCAGAGGAGCUGCUCCGGGAGAGGGAUGCCUUUUGGCAGAAUAGGGAGCAUGUUCACGGCGAGAAGGGCACAGAGGGGGGUGUUUCUGCGGAGACGAGCCGCGGGCAGGAGGAGUACUAUGAUCGGGGAUGA